AAAAGACCCUGACACUGGGAAAGAUGGAGGGCACAAGGAGAAGGGGACAACAGAAGACGAGAUGGUUGGACAGUGUUCUCAAAGCUACCAGCAUGAGUUUGACUAAAUUGCGGGAGGCAGUGGAAGACAGGAGUGCCUGGCGUGCUCUGGUCCAUGGGGCCACGAAGAGGCGGACAUGACUAAACGACUAAACAACAAGAGUGUGUGUGCGUGCGCACACAGAGAGACCCAUUCAAGCAGUGCCUGGAAAUUUGUUCUGUGACUUUAAAAAUACUGAUUAUGCAAGAGCUGCAGCCACACGGCUUCUUCUUCCCGUUCCUUUCCAGCCCAGUUGUCUGAUCUCUCCUCCAACUGCUGUGCUGCGCACCUGGAGUUUGGCUCGCUACAGCAGGCAGGAAGGUGACGAGGAUGAAAGGAUCACGACUGCCAUAAACUUGUCACAAAGGACACCUUCUAUCAGCUAACUAGCAGUUGGUGGCCCCCUGCAGACAUUGCCCAAUACCAGUUUUAACUAAUGGAUUCCAGCUAAAUGAAACUGACUUUCACCAACUGGGAAGUUGGUUUUGUAAACCCGUUUACAUACAAUUGCAUCAGGCUGCCAGGAAGAAUUUCAAGGACCUGCAAGCCCCUUUUCUGAAGUCUUGUCCAUCAGGCGACUAACAUUGAAGAUGGAGGAUGAAGAUGGGUACAUGGCUAUAGACCCAGCCACCCGGGACGCGUACCCAAGACCACCUCUCAAGAAAACCAAAGAUCCAUCCUCCAAUCUUCUCUGGUGGAAAAUUGGUCUUGGCAUUUCGCUGGCAGGAAUUGUUGCUUUGACACUGGCUUUGAUCAUUCUCACUCUUCCAGCUUCCCAAGACUCUGCUCGAAGAAGCCAGGUGACCUUGCCACAUCCAGUGAUCUACUCAGCACAACAAUGUGACUACCCAAACAGCAGUGCAUUCGAACGUCUCUCCAAACUGCCAAGAUACGAUUCAUGCAAAGACGCUUUUGCCUCAUGUAUGCGUGAACCUUCUGACAUCUGCAUACAAGUGCCAAAGACCCCCAUCACUGCAGCAGUCAAUGAAACGGCAUUCAUCCCUGUUGAUGUCCAAGUCCCAAAGACUGACUGGGAUUUCGUUGAAGUCCAGUGGCACCACAUCAAAGGAGCGGGAGAAGACUUCAUUCUGAAACUUAACAUGAGGUCAUGCAGCCUAACCAGCAACCCGCAGAAGUGGUGGCAGCGUUAUUGCCACCUCUUUUACGAGGUGUUGCCGAAACAUCGGAGGAGAGUGUCAGUCAUGACGAACGCUUGGCUGGUCAUCUGCAAUGUGCAACCGGAAGAUUCUGGGAGAUACCAAAUCACAGUGAUAUCCAACAACAUGAAAGAUGCAUGUAGUUUUGUGAAUCUUUCAGUGGCUGGAGGAGAUGGUGAAGGAAGCAGGCAUCCAUCACACUAAUUGAAGAAUGUCAGGAGAAUUUCCCCAGCUGUUGUUGGGAGAGCAAAAGAGGUAGCAGAUGGAUCGACAGAACUAGAUGGAACUUUAUAUCAAGCCAAGCUAGACACAGUAAAAUGAUGAUGACAACAACGCAUGAAUUCCUUUUCUCCAGCAGUCGUUCUCAGAAUUUGCCACAAAUGACCAUUUUUGCAAGUCAUGGGUGGGAGAGAUUGGAGCCAGUGUGUACUAGUAAUGGAAUUGGCCUUUGAUCAUGUAGAGUGGAAUUCAAGCACCAUCAGCUUUGAGUGCCUAAGACCCUACCUCUCAGCCUCAACUGUAAAACAGGGGUAACAGUAAAUUAUCCCCAUCAUAAGUUAUGAGUUUGUGAGAGCAACGCACAACAAAAACACUUAAAUCUGGGACUGGCUAGUGGCUGAAUGUUGGACGCCUGGCAACCACAUGUAUGCUGCCUUGUGUUUGAGGACAGAAACAAGGUGGGGCAUAAAUGGAAUAACUGCCUUUAAAAUAAAUUGAAUGCAUAACUUUGCACACUAGUAGCCAUUUCGAAAUUGCAGUCACACUAUUAUACAAAGGUCCCUAUCCCAAACCUUAUGUACUGCUUAUGUACCUUCUGCAAAAAGUGUAGUUAUUUGGAAAUGCUUCGUUUGUGUUGCUCAUAAGUCAGUUGCCGCAGCA